UAGAACACUCUGAACUUGCCGGACAAAAACGACACCGUUUUAACACAAAGGCAUUUAGAACCGAACCCUUAACACUGACUAAACUUUGACCCUUUCAAAUUGUGCAAUUUCCCAAACCCUAGCUAAGUUUCGUCAUCUUCAACAAAAUUCACCAACCUCAAUCUCUCCAUUUUUCUUCAAUUUUCACUCAUCGAAUCUUCAUUCAGCUCAUCUUUCUAUAAACCCUAAUUUUCAAACAAUUCUAUGUAAACAGAGAUCACAGUGUAUUCUUACUCGGCCUCUUCUUCUUCAAUCAGUGGAUCCUCCUAAUUCCAGAUCGAGGCAAACACCACUUGAUUCAGAAUCAGUAUUUGGAUAGUGAUGUCUGUGAACAAUAAUAACCCUUCAAAAGGCAUUGGUGGAUCUUCAUCCUCCUUUGGAAAUGCUGGAAUGCAAUCCCCUUCUAUGUCUACAAACCCUGUGUUUUCACAAGCCCAAGCCCAAGCCCAGGCCCAGGCCCAAGCCCAAAUUGCUGCUGGUUUUCAAGGGCAGUUUCCACAGUCUCAAGCUCAUGCCAUUGUUCAAGCACAGUCUAAGGCUCAGGCUCAAGCUCAGGCUCAUGCACAAGCUGCGGCCGUAGCUCAUGCUCAACUCCAGGCUCAUUUGCAAGCUCAAGGGUUGACUCUUAACCAGAAUCAGGUUGGUGGUUUGGGGAAUUUAGGGGUUUCGUCGUCGUCUAUGUCUACGCCUGCGAAACGAGGUCCUUUGAAACCACCUAUGCGGCCGGUUGGAUUUUCGCCUCAAAAUAAUUUCUCGCCGUUGAGACCGAUGGAACUCACGCCUGCUGCAAGGAGGAAGAAGCAGAAGCUUCCUGAGAAACAGAUGCAGGAAAGAGUGGCUGCUAUCCUGCCUGAAUCGGCUCUUUAUACACAGCUUCUCGAGUUUGAGUCUCGUAUUGAUGCCGCGCUUUCUAGAAAGAAGGUUGAUAUCCAGGAAGCGCUGAAAAAUCCGCCUUGUAUUCAGAAAACUCUCCGUAUCUAUGUAUUUAACACAUUUGCUAAUCAAAUUCGCACGAUACCUAAGAAGCCGAACGCCGAGCCUCCUACAUGGACACUGAAGAUAGUUGGGAGGAUAUUGGAAGAUGGUGUUGAUCCUGAUCAGCCAGGAGUAGUUCAGAAGCAGUCUUCAAUGUAUCCUAAGUUCUCGACUUUUUUCAAAAAAGUAAUAAUUUCUUUGGAUCAGAGGCUAUAUCCUGAUAACAACAUUAUUGUGUGGGAGAAUUCUCGAUCACCUGCUCCUCAAGAAGGUUUUGAAGUGAAGAGGAAAGGGGAUAAAGAAUUUACGGUGAAUAUACGGCUGGAAAUGAAUUAUGCACCUGAGAAGUUUAAGCUUUCGACGGCAUUGACAGAAGUUCUUGGUAUCGAGGUUGAUACCCGUCCGAGAAUUAUUGCUGCGAUCUGGCACUAUGUGAAGGCUAGGAAACUGCAAAACCCUAACGACCCUUCAUUUUUUCACUGUGAUCAAGCUCUUCAGAAAGUAUUCGGUGAAGAAAAAGUGAAGUUCACAACAGUUUCGCAAAAAAUAUCGCAACAUUUGUUCCCUCCACAGCCUAUAAUGUUGGAGCAUCAGAUCAAACUCUCGGGAAAUAGUCCAGCCGGGAGUGGUUGUUAUGAUGUGACUGUUGAUGUUCCUUUUCCUAUUCAAAGAGAGUUGUCUGCACUAUUGGCUAAUGUCGAGAAGAAUAAAGAGAUUGAAACAUGUGAUGAAGCGAUAUGCGGAAUCAUCAGAAAAAUUCACGAGCACCGAAGGAGACGGGCAUUUUUUCUUGGUUUUAGUCAAUCUCCGGUAGAAUUUAUUAAUGCCUUGAUUGAAUCUCAAAGCCGGGAUCUGAAAACUGCAGCUGGUGAACCUAGUCGCAGCGCGGAAAAAGAGCGUAAAUCUGAUUUUUUCAACCAACCAUGGGUUGAAGAUGCUGUUAUUCGAUAUUUGAAUCGCAAACCAGCUGCAGGAAGUGAUGCACCGGGAAGCACAUAACACCGACACCGAUCACCGAUCGAAAGUCCUAGUGCUCCAUAAAAAUCAUUUAUACCUUUAUGUUAUGCAUUUGAAAAUGGUAGUUUUCCAUUUUCCAUGCUGUAUUUGUGAAUACUUCUCCAUAGUAUGUUGAUUAUGCAAGCACCGCAACUAGUUUUGCAGUGCUGAUAAUUUAUAAGCUAGUUAGGAGAAAAAAUGGUAGCACCAUAGUUUCACAUUUCUGUAGUUCUAGUUCAUCUUUAUCUACCUGAGAUGUUUGACAUGAUGAAAAAUUGUAUUAGAAAGGAUUAAUCGGUGUACAGUAUCUUCGAUUUUCUUGCGAUGGCGAUCCGUGGGAAGUGAAAAACAUAUGUUUCAUGCA